CCCCCUUUUCCCAAACAAAGCUCCGGGCAACUUUCUCCCCGGUAGCGCCCCGCCCGCGGCUCCCAGGCUAGGCCAGGAGGUAGGAAGGCGCCGGCGGGAGCCGGGAAUCCUGCUUUGGGGCCCAGAUGGGAGAACCCCGGGCCGGGCCCCCCGUGGAGGAUGGAAGCGGCUGGACGGGCAGCGAGGCGGGCAGUGAGGAAGGCACUGGUGGCAGUGAGGGGGCUGGAGGAGAUGGGGGUCCGGAUGCAGAGGGUGUCUGGAGCCCAGACAUUGAACAGACCUUCCAGGAGGCCCAUGCCAUCUACCCACCCUGUGGCCGGCGGAAGAUCAUCCUCUCCGAUGAAGGAAAGAUGUAUGGUCGGAAUGAACUGAUUGCCCGCUAUAUGAAGCUAAGAACAGGAAAGACCCGAACUCGCAAACAGGUCUCUAGUCACAUCCAGGUUUUGGCCCGAAGGAAAUCGAGGGAAAUCCAGUCCAAACUGAAGGCCCUAAAUGUGGAUCAGGUUUCCAAGGACAAAGCUUUCCAAACAAUGGUCACCAUGUCCUCAGCCCAGCUCAUCUCAGCAUCUUCCCUGCAAGCCAAACUGGGUCCUACCAGCCCUCAGGCCACUGAGAUUUUCCAGUUUUGGUCAGGGGCCUCUGGGACCCCCUGGAAUGUUCCAGAUGUGAAGCCAUUCUCACAGACUCCGUUCUCCUUGUCGCUGACUCCUCCAUCCACUGAGCUCCCAGGGUAUGAGCCCCCACAAGCCCUCUCACCCCCGACCCUGCCCCCACCUGCCCCAUCACCCCCAGCUUGGCAGACUCGGGCCCUGGGGACCGCCCGAUUGCAGCUGGUGGAGUUCUCGGCCUUUGUAGAACCACCGGAUGCUGUUGACUCUUACCAGAGGCACCUAUUUGUGCACAUCAGCCAGCAUUGCCCCAGUCCUGGAGCUCCUCCACUUGAGAGCGUGGAUGUCCGGCAGAUCUACGACAAAUUCCCAGAGAAAAAGGGCGGUCUGCGGGAACUGUAUGAUCGUGGGCCCCCCCAUGCCUUUUUCCUGGUCAAGUUCUGGGCGGACCUGAACUGGGGUCCAAGUGGCGAGGAGGCAGGGGCUGGUGGCAGCGGCAGCUUCUACGGAGUAAGCAGCCAAUAUGAGAGCCUGGAACACAUGACUCUGACCUGUUCUUCUAAGGUCUGCUCCUUUGGCAAGCAGGUGGUGGAGAAGGUAGAGACGGAGCGUGCGCAGCUGGAGGAUGGGCGCUUCGUGUACCGCCUGAUGCGCUCUCCCAUGUGUGAGUACUUGGUGAACUUCUUGCAUAAGCUAGGGCAACUACCUGAGUGGUACAUGAUGAACAGCGUCCUGGAGAACUUCACUAUCCUCCAGGUGGUGACAAAUAGAGACACUCAAGAUCUUCUGCUGUGCACUGCCUACGUCUUUGAGGUCUCCACGAAUGAGCGAGGGGCUCAGCACCACAUUUACCGCCUGGUCAGGGACUGA